GGUAGAUACUAGGCGGGGAGUGAAGUAGCGGCUACCUAGUGCACAACUUGACAGUUUACCCAUCUUUUUGACAUUUUAUAGAUGUUUCACGUAAUAACCCGGUUGCCCCCGUAUAUAUGUUUUGUAGAAUAGCGGCGCCCAUGCUUCAUGUGAGUCCCCGUUUUCAUCCAACCGCUUCAAGUUUUACUCACAACACUCUACAACGCCGGAUUGUUAGUAUUGCUACGGUUAAGCUUUCAGUGUAUUUUUGUGAGUGUAAACACAGUUCUGCUGAUAACGCAAAGCCUUGCACGGGCAACUGCAAGCUAGGGGCGUUCAUUGCGGUAGUGAGUCUUCGUCGAGACAGCGUCCUCAAGAAAGUGGAGCUUUGAGAAGGCACGCGAAGGUAGCAGAUAUGGGUUGCUUUAAAGAGUGUACUGCGGGAUUCGCGAAAUAUAUCUUGUUUCUGUUUAACCUGUUGAUUUUGGUUGCAGCCAUAAUACUGAUAGUUUUUGGAGUAAAGAACAAGGCAAACAAUGGAGGGGUUGAGAUUAUGUCCGUUGGCACCUUUGCAAUCGCUAUCGCCGUCGUUAUUGCCCUGGUAGCUUUCUUCGGAUGUUGUGGGGCUGUGAAAGAAAGCCCUUGCAUGUUAACAACGUAUGCCGCAAUCCUGAUCACCCUUUUCAUAAUUCAAGUGGUCCUCGGAGUAAUCGCCUUCGUAGCUGUGAAGAACGGUCAAGGAGAAUUGCAGAGGAAGGUGGAAGAUCAUCUCAGUGAUCUUUACAAAGAUAGACGUAAUAAUAACGAACAUCAGAAAGUAAUUGAUGAUAUUCAAACGACCAUGAAAUGUUGUGGUGUCAAAGGACCUUCCGAUUCUUGGGUAAUAGACAACGGAGACGAACUGAUGAAAAGUUGUUGUAAAGAAGGAGAAUCUUCGUGUACAUUCAAUACCGCCUACAAGGUUGGCUGCGCUAAACAAUUAGAAGAUUUUGUGUCAAGCAACAUCAAAACUAUCGGUGUAGUAGCCAUUGUGUUUUCGGCCAUUGAGCUCGUCGCAGCGUUAUUUGCUUGUUACGUGAAGAAGACUAGAUACUGAGCAUGUUUGCAACAACAAAUGUGAAUUUGUUAGUGUUUAGUUUAUUAUAUAUUUAUUUUUGUAUUAGGCCAAGUAUUAUUACAAAAUUCAUGUACAACCACACUUUUAUUUAUUUGUUAAAUUAGUGUGACUCUUAUUGUAAAUACAGUUUUAAUAUCUAUGAAAUUUGUAUGAUUUCUUAUAUACUUUUUGAAUAAAAAAAAUGUUGCAUCA